AUGACGGGCGAUAAGUCAAGAACUUCGAGGGUCUCCUUCCAGCAGGAGCAGAAGGAUCAGGAGCAGGCUAAUUGGCUAAGUCGCAGUCGAAAGAAUCAACCACAAUGGAAUGCAAUCGGAGCCAGUUCCCUCAUCUUUGUCUCGGGUGGCAUGAGUCUGGCUUGGGGUGCCGGAUUUGCGGAGCACUCCAUGCAUCUGGAGCUGAUCUCGAUGAGCGUGCACAUGCAGGUCUGCUGGUAUGGAGCUGCCAUGCUUGGAGCCCUGCUGAGUGCUCUCCUCACCCAUCGCACUCCUCAGCGACCGGUCUAUAUCUUUAGCUCCUGCCUGGUGUUACUUUGUGGUGUUCUCUUCCUCACGCUGCCAGAGCGAGCAGGUGCCGUUACAGCUGCCCGCUACUUGGACGGCUUCGCCAAUGGCUUGGUCUUUGUGCCCACCUUGACCACUGUGGGAGAGCUGUCGGUCUGUGAGAUGCGUGGCGUGUUGACUGCCUCCGUGGAGCAGCUGAGCUGUAAUUUCGGCAUAUUCAUUCAGCUCUUUUACACUGCCAUUUGGAACAGUGGCUGGAGCCUGACCAUUGUGGCGGAUCAGGUGCACGGCUUGCUCAGCAUUUUUCUUGGCGUGGCAGCAUUGGCCUUGGCUCUGACCCUCUGCGUCGAGUCGCCCGUCUAUCUGUUGCUGCGUCGCAAUGAGCAGGCUGCAGUUGCGGCACUGCGGCACUUGCAACGUCCAUCGAUGGUCACGAGCGAGACGUUCCUGCUGCUGGACGAGCACAAGCGCUACGUGGCCGACAAUCGAGAGCUCAGCUGGGGUCAGAGCAUUCAACGUGGUCUGGUGCCAUUGCUAAAGCUCACUUUGCAUCGUUCCUUAUACGCGCUCAGCCUCACUCCCAUUGUCUGGGUUGCUCUCUACAAAACAGCUGUGGAACUGACACCAAAUUUCCACACUUGGCCCUAUGUGGCAUUCGGCAUUCUGCGCUGCACCGGCAGCUGUUGUGUUGUCUUCCUCAUGGACUCCGGUGGCCGCAAGAAGCCAUCGUUGUUCGGCAUCUUUGCCGGAGGCACCUUUGCCAUUGCCUUUGCCACCUUGUUCCAGCGUACGCCUCACAUGAUCUCGGCAUUGUCCAUGCUGUUUAGUUUCCAGUUCUUUGCGGGAGUGGCACAUGCUGCCUCUGCGGUGUACUUGACGGAGGCAUUUCCAUUGGCAGUGAAGCCCUACUUUGUGGCAAUCGUCUAUAUACUUGAGCUGCUUAUCAGGAUCGGUCCUUGCUGUUUCAAGACAUCGCACAAUGAUAUUGCCGUAUACUUUUAUGUCUUGGGUGGCAUGUCAAUUAGCUUCUUCCUCUUGGGCAUCUUUUCUUUACCAGAGACGAAACUGACGACACUGGCCCAGGCUCACAGAAAAAUCCGCAAGUGGUUCAACGAGGAUUUCUGA